GAUUUCGUGGUGCAACGGGGCCAUUUUCCGGCCAAGAGAUCUUUCCGCUUGGCCGUUCUUCGAUGGCCAAUCACUCAAGACACUCACCAUGUCGUCCAUGACACCAAACGACUUACCUCCAGAAAUCGUCUUCAAGAUCGUCUCUCUCAGUCUAGGUCGGUCUGAUGAAAGUGACCCGAGAGUUCAUCGAUGGAAACUGAAAUUCCUCAGGGUUUGUUGCUUGAUCUGUCGAGGCUGGCUGGACGUAUGCCAAGCGUUUUUGUUCCAAAACGUAUACAUCAGGAGGACGAAGACCUUCCGUCUGUUUUGCAGAUCGCUAUCUAGUUCAAGAAACGUGGGGCGAUAUGUGCGAAAGUUGAUGAUUGCCUUGCCGACAUGGGAAGAUACGAGCCAAUAUCCGAUGUCAACUGGGAUCGAGAAAUGCUUACAACUGUUGGAAGGAUUGGAGGAGCUGGAAGUCAAGCCGCCGUUCGAUGGAUUCUUCAGCGAGAAAGCAUUCGAGCUGAUCCAUGGCAUGGUCAACCUCAAGAAAGUGUCGAUCCGAAAGGCCUCUGGGCUUCAGGUUGCCAACGUGAAGGCGUAUGCCGAUCGCUCUGUCGACUUCGGCGCCGAUAAGAAGCUCGACAUCUUCCGUAAACUGGUGUUACCCAAGACAGUCGAGCAUCUCCAUCUGGUCCAACCUUCGAACGAAUUCAUGGACGGGCUGCCAUCGAUCCUGAAGGAGAUAUUAUCCACCGAGGUCGGCAGCAAGGAAGGCCGAGUCUCAGAACCGGGCCCAGGACUGAAGUCUUUCAGUCUGCAGAUCAGUGGGCUCUACAACAGGCUGCCGAACCCGAACGUUUACGACAAGCUCCCCCAGCUCCUGUCGGCAAAGAUGACCUCGUUCAAGCUGUGUCUGGACACCCGUCUGGAAGACCAAACGAUCAUCGACCUUCUCUCGAUGACUCCGUUCCUCCAGGAGCUCACGCUCGGCAGGAUCGGGCUCUCCCAGUUCCUCUUCCGCCAUCUCGCCCCACUCACGUCGCUCCAAUCGUUGAGCCUGAUCGCCUUCGGCCCGACCGUCGAAGCCGACGUGAACGUCGACUGGCUCGAGUUCUGCGAUGCUAUCACUAGCUUUAUCGAGAAAUCCCCGCUCAUGGAAUCCUUCGAAUUCGAUACCGCUCUCAGCAUCCAUACUGCUUUCAUCAGCUUACUCCUCGAGUUACUCUAUGUUACUACUUUCGAAUCUACCCGUACUUAUAGUCGUCUUAAACAUCUGAAUAUCAAGCAUAACGAACCUCCUCCUAUGAGCUCUAUCGAACGUAUCUGCGAACGGGCUCCCUUCCUCGAAUCUCUCAGUAUCAAGGUUCCCAUUAGAGCUCUGGGAAGAUUAAAGGCCGCUUUAUCAAAAUUAACCCAUCUCAACUGCUUAGAACUGAAUAAUUUUGUGAUGGUCAAGAAACCGUUGGAAACGAAGAUCGAUACCGAGCCUUUCUUUCUCUUCACCGAACGCCAAAAUCACAAAAGAAACACUGGGGAUCAUUACACUAUGUAAUCCAUCUAUAAUAUUCCCCCAUAUCACUUUCCUCCCCGUUCUCUCAACACUUUUCUUUGCCUAUCCUUCUUCUUCAUUUUUUUUUUCCUGCAUGUUUGUUUUAAAAAUUCAAGAUUUUAGGUUGUACUUCUUUUUUUUAAAAAAAAAAACAAAAAGCUAAACAUGCUUCCUUUUUGUUGUUCUAUUCUCUCAUACCGGCUAUCCCAUCUGUUUCCAAAAAUAAAUACUCCAAACAGCAGACUAGCAAGCAAACACAAGCAG